ACUUAGUCAUCUCGGCGGUCUCGAAACACUGCAGUUGUUGUGACACAUUGUGUCAUAUUGUGUCGCAAUAAUAUCCCGAAGCUCCUCCUAAAGGGACGUUGGCAAGACGAACGACCCGCCGCCGAACGAAACUGUUAAAACGCAAGUUGCUCCGCGGCAUGAACCGCGCGUGUGCCAUGUAAAACCGUCAAGGGACUCGCGUGUGUGCUGUUAGCUGACGGACGAUUUCGACCGAGAGUCAUACUUUCGGUAGCCUUCCGGCGUGUCCCUUCCCGUCCCCGGUAUUCUCGUCUUUUUCUCGAAGAAAGAAAAAAACAACAGUUCAGUGCAGAUAUGUAUUAAGCGGAUCACAAACGAUCCGGAGCCUCGUACCUCGAAGAAAACCGUUCCCGUUUCGGUGAUGGAUUAAGGGCAACGUGUUCACCGAUCUUCGAUUCCAGGAAGAAGAGAAACAAAAUCCGCGAGCCGAUGGAAUUCUUAGACAGACUUCCGAUCCCGAAUCUUCGGGUGUACACGGCGAUCAGCUUCGCCGUUCUGUCCUUCUCCGUCUACUACGCUGGCCAGAUCAUCAAGGACCCAGCAUGGAAGAGCAAUCACACAUACGUGGAGCCAGGCGACAAUGUCAUUGCCAGCGACUUCGAAUCCGACCCGAGGAACCUGGGGAUGCACUUGAAGGAGCUACUAGAAUGCAUGCUCGACGAGCCCAUCUGCAUCUGGACCCUGAUCAACAUGGCGUACUGCGUGCUGAUACUCCUUGGCAAGACGAUCCAGAAGCUCGUGUUCGGUGAACUCCACGUCUCCGAGAGGCAACACCUCAAGGACAAGUUCUGGAACUUCGUUUUUUAUAAGUUCAUCUUCGUGUUCGGCGUGCUGAACGUACAGUACAUGGACGAGGUGGUUCUGUGGUGGGCAUGGUUCACCGCGCUGGGCUUCCUCAGUCUUCUCAGCCAGCUUUGCAAGGAUCGAUUCGAAUACUUGUCUUUCUCGCCAACAACACCUGGCUGGAGCCAUGCAAGACUCCUUGGAUUACUGGCUGCAAUACUGGCAUUAUCUUCUUUCAUGUUACUGCUGUGCACAGCUGCAGCCUUCUUCUUUGUCUCUUUCAACACAUUCGUGUUCACUGCAGCUGAGUGCAGCUUAUUAGGUGUGAGAACAAUUCACGUGAUGGUGAGGUAUAUCAUCCAUUUGUAUGAUAUAAGAGGAGCAGGAACAUCCUCUCAACGUUCGUGGGACAAACGGGGUCCCUUGACCUAUUACACUGAUCUUGUAGCAGAGCUAAUAGUGCUGUCCGUGGAUUUCUUCCAUCAUGUCCACAUGCUACUCUGGAGCAACAUAUUCCUCAGCAUGGCCUCUCUCGUGAUCUGUAUGCAGCUUAGGUACCUUUUCUAUGAAAUCCAACGCAAGUUGACGAAGCAUAGGAAUUACUUAGCUGUGUUGAAUCAUAUGGAACAGAACUACCCAAUGGCAACGCAAGAGGAACUGGCAGAAAACUCGGACAACUGUGCUAUUUGUUGGGAGAAAAUGGAGGCUGCCAGAAAGCUACCUUGUUGUCAUCUCUUCCAUAAUUCUUGUCUACAAUCUUGGCUAGAGCAGGACACGUCAUGUCCAACGUGUAGACUCGCGCUCAGCAUGCAACCGAAUCACCGAGAAAACACGCAGGCGCUACCAAACGAGCUGCAAACACCGGCUAGACAAAAUGAGAAUCAUUUCUUUCAUUUCGACGGCUCGAGAUACGUUUCUUGGUUACCAAGCUUCUCCGUGGAGGUCUCCCACAAUUGGCUGCGCGGAGACAUUUCCACUAUUGCACACAACAACUCGCAAAUGGAUGCUAUGAUCAGACAAGUACAGCAACUGUUUCCCCAUUUUCCACGUAAUUUAAUUGUGGAAGAUCUCCGAGUGACAAGAUCAGUCGAAUGGACCGUUGGAAAUAUCCUUGAUGGAGUGCUGAUACCACCGCAUCAUUUAAUCGAAGAACCACAGUCGGAGUCCGUCCCUCAGAUUCAUACUAGUACCAGUGAAAUUAGUGUCGCUUCAACGCCAUCACCCAGUGAUCCAAGAUUUGACAUUCCUAUUGCUGACGGCAGCGAUGAACCUUCCAGUUUAGGAGGGCGAUUUUCAAAGUCCUCUUCAGAAAGGGAGCUCAUUCUCCAGCAUCGUAAAGAACACAUGAGACUAGCGGCUAGGAGGAAAUAUUUUGAAAAACAGCAUGUAGCUGACCAACGAGUCUCCGAAGCAACUUCUUAAAAUAGGAAACGCAGAGAAAUAUAUGUUGAAGUUUUGAGUUUACGUGCUUGGUAGACUACUUUCUUCGAAGAA